GGGCAUUGCACAACACAGAAACAGAGAAAUGCGCAGGACCUGGAUUCAGACUUAGCUGGUUCCAGCAAUGCAGCAUGUCAUCCUCUCUGCCCUCCCAGCACCACAGCUAGCUUCCUCAUCUUCUUCAGUCUUGUGCAGGCAGAUCUGUGUGAGUCCUUCCUCUGCAGGUCCUCAGCACCUAGCAGGUGUGAGCAAGGUGCUACUACCACAGUUCUGCAGCUGUUCCUGUGAUUUUGCCCCUUGGGGCUCUGUCUACACCUUGGGAGGGACCGCAGAGCUCACACAGCUCUUGGCCGGAGCCCCCGUUACUGAGAGAAAGGAGGCUGUUGCCAAGGACUCCGGGGGAGUGGACUCAAUGCUGGUCGGGACCCAAGGCACCCAGCCCUCCUGGAGACAUUGUGUGAGCCGGGCUGGGCCUCCAGAUGCAGCCCCUGCUGCCCCACCCCAGCCAGGGUGGUGCUUGUAUGAGGACUUUAAAUCCAGUCACCAGCCCCCUGAUCAGGAGAGGCAGAGGGGGCUGGCCACCAUGCACAGCUCCUGCAACUUCCAGGCACUGCUGCUACCACCGCUGCUACUACUGCUGCUAAUGGCUGCUACAGGUCCCACCAGAGCCCUCACAGAGGAUGAGAGUCGGACCAUGGUGGAGCUGCACAACUACUACCGUGCCCAGGUGUCCCCGCCUGCCUCGGACAUGCUGCAGAUGAGGUGGGAUGCAGAGCUGGCCGCCUUCGCCAAGGCCUAUGCACAGAAGUGCAUUUGGGGACACAACAAGGAGCGUGGGCGGCGUGGAGAGAACCUGUUCGCCAUCACCGACGAGGGUGUGGACAUGCCUCUGGCCAUGGAGAACUGGCAUCAGGAGCGUGAGCACUACAACCUCAGCACUGCCACCUGCGAGCCAGGCCAGAUGUGCGGCCACUACACACAGGUGGUCUGGAGCAAGACAGAGAGGAUUGGCUGUGGUUCCCACUUCUGUGAGAAGCUCCAGGGAGUGGAGGAGAUCAACAUCCAGUUGCUAGUGUGCAACUAUGAACCCCCGGGGAACGUGAAGGGGAAAAGGCCGUACCAGGAGGGGACUCCGUGCUCUCAGUGUCCCCCGGGCUACAGCUGCGAGAACUCCCUCUGCGAACCCACGAGAGGCCCGGAAGAGCCGCAGGAUUCGCCUCAGCGGGUGACUGAGGUUCCAUCCACCCAGGCAACUGAAGCCCCAGGCUCCAGGGAAAGCGGUACUACUUCCCUAGCAACAGAAAGGUCACAUUUCUCCUUGGUAACAGAAGUCUCAGUCUCCCUGGCAACUGAGGCCCCGCCUGCUGUAGCAACAAAGGCCCCAUCUUCCUUAGCAACGGAAGGUCCCUCUACCACAACAGAGGUUCCGCCUUCCCUGACCGCCGAGGUCCUCUCUAUUUCCGCAACUCACAAGCAACUCUCAUGGGAUGAAGGGCCAAAUAACUUCCCCACAUCAACCCAUGUUACUGCCCCCAAAUCUACGGACAACGAAACCAGCAAGACAAGCGCCACCUCCAUGAUCCCAGAGAGAUUUCUGUACCCCAAGAUGUCCCUGGCAGGGACAGGAGAGUCCUUACCCCAGACCCAGGAGGAGAAAGAGGCAGAGGCCGAGCUGCCAGCUUCCAGGGAGCUCUCGGCUUCAUUUCUUCCAGCCCAGGAGGACCACAGUGGGCUGCAGGCCUCCCUGGACCUCUCGGGGCACCUCGCCUCCAAGUUCCUACCCAAUUUCCCCAGUGCCUCUGCCUCAGCUAAUGCCACAGGUGGGCGCACCCUGGCCCUGCGGUCAUCCUGGCCAGGUGUAGAGGGUCCUGAAAAGCCUGGCUGGGAGACGACGGGGAACUCCGGUCAUGCGUGGGGCCCUCUCAAGGGACUGCUGCUGCCGCCUGCCCUGCUGUUGGCUGGAGCCUUCUGAGGGGACGCGGCUCAAAGGCAAGGCCACAGCUUCUGACAGGUCGUGCUAUCACCAGCAGCCCCAACCCCUGGCUUUCCCUCAGGAGCUUCCAAUACCACCCCAGGAAUACUGCUUUCACAGGGGAGGGCUGCCCCUCAGACGGCUGUUUUCGUGUCCGCAUGUGCCUGGUCUAACAACAGAGGACCUUGGCUCCCCGGGACCUUCUUGGCCCCUUCCAGUUCCUUGGGCUCCUCCUUGAGCAGUGUUGAGUCCAGGGCUGUCCGCAGCAGUGCCUACUGCCUUCCUAGGGAGAAGAGGUCAGCUGCCCAACUCCGUGUCCUCCACGCUGUCCCAGCCCUCAAGAUGUUCGCAGACGGCCCUCUGGAAGGGAAAGGCUGCAAGGCUCCAGCCUCAUCAACAGCAUCUGGGGCACAAGACCUUUGUGGGGCUGCCAGUUCAUGACUGCACACCGCUGGACUCCUCAGCGCCCCUUCCAGUGAGGUGCGGCUGAGGUCCUGAUUUGGGGGCUCACCUGCCCGCCCCACCUGGGGAUGUCUGCCUCCAUUGUUCUAGGGCUCCCGAGCUCCCUGAGUGCUCUUGCAACUGGAAGGGGAAUUGUGAGGGGGAGGAGAAGGACAAGCCCCACCUGAAUGGGGUUCUGUGUGUGGAGAGGUAGGGACCAGGCAGUCAGUGCAGCCUUGAUUCCUGAAUAAAGCCUGCCUGAGUGCCCA